UGUAGAGAAAGUGCAUUUCAAAACUCCUACCAGAAGACUGUGCCCGACUCAUAGACACCAUCCUAGAGAAGAGUGCCCGACUCAUAGACACCAACCCUGAGAAGACUGUAUUCAGCUCAUAGAUACCAUCCUAAAGAAGAAGGUGUCUGGCUUAUAUACACCAACCCGGAGAAGACUGUGCCCGGCUCAUAGACACCAAACCUGAGAAGACUGUGCCUGGUUCAUAGAUACCAUCCUAGAGAAGAUUGUGCCCGACUUAUAGACACCAUCCUAAAGAAGACAGUGUCUGGCUCCUAUACACCAUCUCUCAGAAGACCGUGUCUAGUUCAUAGAUACCAUCCUAGGGAGGACCUUGCUUAGCUACCAGCCUAGAAAAGAUUGUGCCCAACUCAUAGACACCAUCCUUCAGAAGACAGUGACUGAAUCAUAGACACCAACCCUGAGAAGACCUUGCCUGGCUCAUAGAUACCAUCCCUCAGAAGAAAGUGUCCAGUUCAUAGAUACCAUCCUAAAGUAGACCUUACUUGGCUCAUAGACACCAUCUCAGCGAAGACUGAGCCCAGCUCACAGACACCAUCCAAGAGAAGACUGAGCCCAGCUCAUAGAACCCGUCCCAGAGAAGACUGAGCCUAGCUCACAGACACCAUCCCAGCGAAGACUGAGCCCAGCUCAUAGACACCAUCCCAGAGAAGACUGAGCCCAGCUCAUAGACACCAUGCCAGCGAAAACUGAGCCCAGCUCAUAGACACCAUCCCAGAGAAGACUGAGCCCAGCUCAUAGACACCAUCCCAGAGAAGACUGAGCCCAGCUCGUAGACACCAUCCCAGAGAAGACUGAGCCCAGAUCAUAGACACCAUCCCAGACAAGACUGAGCCCAGCUCAUAGACACCAUCCCAGAGAAGACUGAGCCCAGCUCAUAGACACCAUCCCAGAGAAGACUGAGCCCAGCUCAUAGACACCAUCCCAGACAAGACUGAGCCCAGCUCAUAGACACCAUCCCAGAGAAGACUGUGUCAUAUUGAAAAGAACCAUUGGUAAUAAUCGGGAAAGGCAGUGCCCAGUUCAUAUUAGCCUGGAGUGGACAAUACUUAGAUCAUUGGCAAUAUUCUGGAAAAACUGUGACCAGUUUAGUGCCAUUAUUCUGGAUAGCAGUGUACCCAGCUUGGUGGCAUUAUUCUCGAGAACCCAUCUCAGGGGCAUUAUAUAAUCUGUACCAGGACAGCAAGUUAUGGACAUCUGAGGGGACAUCACCUAGAUUAGACCAUAUCACAAUUUUAUGCCGGAUAUCUGGAGAGACUUGCACGGAGCAGAGAAGAUACCUACUGGUUUAGAAGAUGAUGGAAUGGCGGUGGAAAUCUCUUCCUGUAAUAUUAUUACUUUUGGAAGGUGUGCUGAGUAGACACUGGGCAGCCUGGAUGCCCACCUCCAUAUCGGCAUUCAAGGACUCAUGUGUGGCCAUCCCAUGCAGCUUCAGCUAUCCCGAAGAGAUUAGACCGUCGGCAGUACAUGGUAUCUGGUACUUUAACAGUCCGUAUCCUAGAAACUUUCCUCCCGUGGUCUUGAAUUCGAAAACCAGCUCGGCACAUGAAAUGUACAUGGGUCGUAUAAAGCUGAUUGGAGACCUUCAGACAUCAAACUGCUCAAUACAGAUUGACAGAGUCAGCAGUGAACUUCAGGGAAAAUACUACUUCCGGGCCGAUUUGGGAGGCUACAAUCAAUAUACCUACUCAGAACAUGCCAACCUCUAUAUAUUAGAUGAACCCUUCGUAGUUCAACCCCAAGAAAUUGUAUCCGGCACCGAAGCAGAGAUCACCUGCUUAGUAGAUGAUAACUGUCCCGACAUGAAGCCUACUGUGACCUGGACGGACAUUGAAGGGCUUGAACAUCAUAAUGUGUACGUCGGGGUUGAUGAGAACAAUGGUGCUUGGAGGCAAAUAUCCACUCUGAAGUUUCUACCAUCUUAUAAAAACCAUGGCCAACAGCUGGGCUGUAAAGUCACAUUUCCAGACACGGAACUGGAGUAUAAAGGUUUUGCCACAAUGGAUGUAAAAUAUGCCCCUCGCAUUAUAGACAUCAACUCCUCCACGGAGACCAUGGAGGGCACCCAGGUGGUGUUUUUGUGUGUGAUUGAUAGUAACCCCAUGUCCCGUGUCAUGUGGUUCAAGGAUGAUCUGCUUUUAAAAGAAGAUUACACGGGGAACCUCACGCUGGAGCUCGAGUAUGUCACAUACAACCAUGAUGGGAUAUACAUGUGUGCAGCGGAGAAUGAGUAUGGCCACGUCAAUACAUCCAUAGGAUUGGCUGUCAUGUAUCCUCCAUGGAAACCUUCGGUGAAUGCAUCCCUGGUGGCGGUAGAAGGAGAGACGGUCACUAUUUUGUGUAACACACAAGGAAACCCAGAUCCCAUCCUCACCAUCAUGAAAGACAAGCAAGUCCUUAACUCUGUGAUCUUUCAGAAUGAACUGGUGCUGGAAAUACCAUCCGUGACCCAUGAACAUGAUGGAGAGUACUGGUGCUUUGCGGAAAACCAGUAUGGACACAGCAAUAGCUCCUUCAACCUCACUGUUGUAUUUUCACCAUUAGUUUUACCUGAAUCUAAGUGCAAAGUGACCAAAGACAAUGUCCAGUGUAUGUGCACGGUGAAGUCCAAUCCAGAUCCGUACAUUAUGUUUGAGAUCCCAGAGAAGAACUUCACGGUCAGUGAGCUCAAUGCAGAGUAUGUACACUCUCAGAGGAAUGGCUACAUGGUGAGCAGCAUCCUGACUCUGCAAAAGGAGACCAAACUUCCAGAGGUUGUACUGUGCUCCGCAAGUAACUUGUAUGGCAAGAAGGUUCACGAGCUUUUCUUCCAGGACACUAACACAUUAAUCUGGGCCAAGAUUGGUCCCGUUGGAGCUGUGGUGGUUUUUGUCAUCCUUGUAGCGGUCGGCGGCUACAUGAUUAAAACCAGAGAAAAGAAGAACGUAACAGAAAGUUCUAGCUUCAUCCAAACAGAGACCUCACCGUCAUACAGUGGAGACACCUCCAAGAAAAACUUAAGAAAAACAGGGUCAGGAGAGAUCUGUGCGGUGGAGGUAAAAUGAUCCAAAAGAACCAAUUGCUCAGUUUUUCGGAAAGAUUCCUGUUAAGUAAGAGGCAGCAAACACCAACUGUGGACUCUGAAUAUGCAAAUAUUGACUUUACAAAGAAGAGUGCAAUGGACAUCUACACCAACCCCGAGGAGCUUACCGAUUACGCCGAAAUCCGGGUGAAAUGACGGCCACUUAUCUAACAGCACAAACACAACUGGUCCCCGUCUGGCCACCAUCUUACAAAAACCCAAGUCCGCAAAAAAAAAAUAAUAACCCAAACUUCCCUGGAGCAGUAUAAUUUAAAGCGUAUUUAUGGUUAUAAUUAUUUUUGCUAUAAAGAGGCAGGUUGUCUGGUCCCCUUUGGGUAGAGAACCAUGGACCACUUCAUGGUUCCUCCUCUUUUCCCAAAUCUCCUGCUACACAUGCGCUAAUA